AUGAGUAGCAAGGUUAGCGUUUCCGCCGUCAGAGAAUCCGUUCGCGCCGUCCUCGCUCAGUCCGAGGAGAAGAAGCGUAACUUCGUCGAGACCAUCGAGCUCCAGAUUGGUCUUAAGAACUACGAUCCCCAGCGUGACAAGCGUUUCUCUGGUACCAUCAAGCUUCCCAACGUUCCCCGUCCCAAGAUGUCCGUUUGCGUUCUCGGUGAUGCUUUCCACUGCGAUCAAGCUAAGGCUGCCGGUAUGGAGUUCCAAUCUGUUGAGGAUUUGAAGAAGCUCAACAAGAACAAGAAGCUCAUCAAGAAGCUCGCCAAGAAGUACGAUGCUUUCGUCGCUUCCGAGGCUCUCAUCAAGCAGAUUCCCCGUCUUCUCGGUCCCGGUCUCCACAAGGUUGGCAAGUUCCCUACCCCUGUCACCCACAACGACGACCUUACCGCCAAGGCUGAUGAGAUCCGCGCUACCAUCAAGUUCCAACUUAAGAAGGUUCUUUGCCUUGGUAUCGCUGUUGCCCACGUCAACAUGACUGAGGAACAAUCCGUUGCUAACAUCAUGUUGGCCAUCAACUUCCUUGUCUCUCUUCUUAAGAAGAACUGGCAAAACGUCAAGUCUUUGUACAUCAAGUCCUCCAUGGGCAAGCCCGAACGUUUGUACUAG